UCAAACCACGCCUACUAUAAACAACACCUAAAGUGUGCUCUCACGUGGGCUGGUAAAAUGGAGGAUCUGGAGACAUUCUCUCAAGAGUUAUUAGCUGGGUCUAUGGAGACCAUUAGGAGGAGCGGAGGGCUCCCUCCUGAAGGAGAGGACUAUGAGUAUUAUUAUAAUUAUGUUGGAUUUAGAACCUUCUGUAAUCAUGUGGGUGGAAGAAUCAACAAGCUGAUUGGACGGAUAUUGAAGUAUGAAGAGGUCCCUGUCUCGUGGAUGGAAUUUGAUCGAAAUAACAAGACGAGUUUAGAAUCAAUUGAAGAACAAUUUGAAAACCUAAUUGAAGGGAACGACCUGCUAAUAGAGAGAAUUAGUGGUUUUCUUGAUAAAGCUACUUCUAAUGAUAAAGAUGAACCGUUAGCUCCCGAAGCCACAGAAACUGAAGUAACCGUAGCAACCUGGAAUAAAAAGGAGGGGGAGGGUGAGGGUAAAGUUGUGAAGAUGUGGCGGAGUAAUGUACCACGCCCACAGAGUCAGUUUAAGGAUAUGAUUGAUAAUAGCGAGGGACCUUUCGUACCAAAACUGAGGGAAAAACCAAAUGCAAUGAAACCACUCCCUACUGUAUACAGUCAAUUGAAGGUUCCUUGUACUCUCAAUGCAUUAAUUGAAAAUGCUAGGAAGUGGGCGGAGUUACCCGAAAGGCUGACUCAUCCUUAUGAAUAUGAGAUUAAUAAUUUUGAAGUGUUGGAAUCUCAAACACAAAUUAAAGAGCCUCAGGUGUAUAAAUCAUUGGAAGACACUCCGUUAAUAUUUGUGAACGAUGAAGGUCAAUUAUUAUCGUUCAUUAACGAGUUAAAAGGUGUCACUGAAAUUGCUAUUGAUCUUGAGGCCCACUCCUACAGGUCAUUCCAGGGGUUCGUCUGCCUAAUGCAAGUAUCAACCAGAACCACCGACUACAUCAUUGACACACUGUCACUAAGACCUCACCUCCACUUACUCAAUGAAGUAUUCACCAAUCCUAACAUAAUAAAAGUGAUGCACGGGGCAGAUUGGGAUAUCCCAUGGUUGCAGAGAGACUUCGGAGUUUACAUUGUCAACUUAUUUGAUACAGGACAGGCCUGCCGGACCCUAGGCCUGCCCCGGUAUUCAUUGGCUUUCUUGCUGAGCUACUGCUGUGGAGUCACUGCCAAUAAACAGUACCAACUGGCGGACUGGAGGAUAAGGCCACUACCUGAGGACAUGAUAAAAUAUGCAAGAGAAGACACUCACUAUUUACUGUACGUGUACGAUAGACUGAGGAAUGAGUUGAUUAGGAGGAGCAACAGUCAGUCUAAUUUAAUUAAUGCUGUGCUGAAGAACAGUAAAGAGAUCAGCCUAAAGGUGUAUAAGAAACCAGCCAUUAAUGAUGAGUCUUACCUGAAGCUCUGCAAGAAGUUUAAUAAAAGGAAUCUAUCACACAAACAAUUGUAUGCAUUGAAGUGUUUGUACCAGUGGCGGUUCAAUGUUGCCAGGAGGGAGGAUGAGAGCCCUGGAUAUGUACUACCCAACCACAUGCUGUUCCAGUUGUGUGAGAUACUGCCCAAAGAACCAGGUGGUAUACUGGCCUGCUGUAAUCCUGUCCCAACUUUAAUAAGACAGCAACUUCAAGAAGUACAUGACAUUAUUACAACUGCCAGGAACAUUGCUAAACAGGAUCAGCUAAUGGAGACUGAUGGGGCUACCAUUACUGACGAGGUUGCUAUGGAAACAAGUGUAUCUGAAAAACAGGAGCAAGAUGAUGAUGAUGAUGAUGAUAUUUCGAUGAGAAGAGGUCAAACAGUAAAUGUAAAACCAGCUCCUACUCUUAAUUUAACAGUGUCAAGAAGAGGUUAUCCUGAUGUGGUAAGUAAGAGUCAUUUAAAAAUGAGGGAGGAUUAUAAAGACACACUCUCACAAUUCCUCCCUCCGUCAACUGAAGCAGCUGUCAUCAGUCCCGUUGUGUUUAAGAGUAGGAGGAGUGAGGCCACACCCACAAGAGUAACUCGUUACCAGUCUCCUCCCACUAUUGAUCAAUCCCCUGAUGAAGGGACGGGUGGGGUCAGGUUUAAGAAACCCAAGAUGUCCGAUGACAUACUCCAGGACUCUGAUUUUAAAGGUUUUGACUAUCAUUCUACAACAUUCUCAUCAGUCCUACCCACUCCUGAACCUUGUGAAGGUCCUGAAAUCAAGAAACCCAAACUGAUCCGAUCAAAAGUGAACAAAAGAACCUACUCACAGAAAUCAGGAACCUUUAAGACCAAAAAUAAAUAACUAUUAAUAACCUCUAUUAAUAACUAUUAAUAACUGCUAUUAAUGACUACUGUAGUCCUGUCACUAU